UCAAACCAAAAAUGUGGAAGAAAGAAAACAGUGUCCUUCAGCAGCAUGCCAUCAGAGAAGAAAAUAAGCAGCGCCAGUGACUGUAUCAGCUUUAUGCAGGCUGGGUGUGAAUUGAAGAAAGUUCGUCCAAAUUCCCGGAUUUAUAACCGUUUUUUUACUCUGGAUCCUGACCUGCAAGCUCUUCGUUGGGAGCCUUCCAAGAAGGACCUUGAGAAAGCCAAGCUUGAUAUUUCUGCUAUAAAAGAAAUCAGGCUAGGGAAGAACACAGAAACGUUCAGGAAUAAUGGACUUGCAGACCAGAUUUCUGAGGACUGUGCGCUGUCGGUAAUUCAUGGUGAAAACUAUGAGUCCCUUGACUUGGUUGCCAAUUCUGCUGAUGUGGCCAAUAUUUGGGUAUCAGGAUUAAGGUACUUGGUUUCUCGUAGCAAACAACCCUUGGAUUUGAUGGAAAGCAGCCAUAAUACCCCACGGUUUGCCUGGCUAAAGGCUGUCUUCGAAGCAGCAGAUGUUGAUGGUAAUGGCAUAAUGUUAGAAGAUACAUCUGUGGAACUAAUAAAGAAACUUAACCCCACCUUAAAGGAAUCAAAGAUUAGAUUAAAAUUUAAGGAAAUCCAGAAGAGCAAAGAGAAACUGACAACGCGAGUAACAAAAGAGGAAUUUUGUGAAGCAUUCAGUGAACUUUGCACAAGACCUGAAGUUUAUUUCUUGCUUGUGCAGAUAUCUAAAAACAAAGAGUAUCUAGAUGCCAAUGACCUCAUGCUUUUUUUAGAGGCUGAGCAAGGAGUGACCCGCAUAACAGAAGAAAUGUGUCUAGAUAUUAUACGCAGGUACGAGCUUUCUCACGAAGGGCGGUUGAAAGGUUUUCUUGCAAUUGAUGGAUUUACUCAAUACUUGUUGUCCCCAGAAUGUGAUAUUUUUGACCCAGAGCACAAAAAAAUUGUCCAAGACAUGACACAGCCUUUGUCACAUUACUACAUCAAUGCAUCCCACAAUACAUAUCUAAUAGAAGACCAGCUCAGAGGACCAGCUGAUAUCAAUGGUUAUGUCAGAGCUUUAAAAAUGAGUUGUCGAAGUAUUGAACUGGAUGUCUGUGAUGGCCCAGAUAAUGAACCCAUUAUUUGUAACCGUAACAACAUGACAUCGCCACUUGCCUUUCGAAAUGUUAUUGAGGUAAUAAACAAAUUGGCCUUCUUUGCUUCAGAAUACCCCCUUAUUCUCUGCUUGGGGAACCACUGCUCAGUACAACAGCAGAAGGUAGUGGUACAACACAUGAAAAGGAUCUUUGGAAACAAACUCUACACAGAGGCACCGUUAUCCUCAGAAGUCUACCUCCCAUCACCAGAGAAACUGAAAAUGAAGAUCAUUGUGAAGGGGAAGAAGCUGCCCUGCGACCAAGAUAUAUUAGAAGGAGAAGUCACAGAUGAAGAUGAAGAGGCUGAAAUAUCCCGGAGACUGUCAGAGGACUUCUCAAGGGAACCAAAGCUGAUCUGGCUCUGCAGGGAAUUGUCCGACUUGGUGUCCCUAUGCAAAUCUGUCCAAUACAAAGACUUUGAGACAUCCAUGAAAGCUCAAAAUUAUUGGGAAAUGUGCUCCUUCAGUGAGGCAGAAGCCAGUCGGAUUGCAAAUGAAUACCCUGAAGAUUUUGUCAACUACAACAAAAAGUUUCUGUCCAGGGUGUACCCGAGUGCUAUGAGGAUAGACUCCAGUAACUUAAAUCCUCAAGAUUUUUGGAAUUGUGGUUGCCAGAUAGUAGCAAUGAACUAUCAGACCCCGGGGCCCAUGAUGGAUCUACACACUGGCUGGUUUCUACAGAAUGGGGGAUGUGGGUACGUUCUCAGGCCUUCAGUGAUGCGCGAUGAAGUGUCUUACUUCAGUGCGAAUACCAAGGGCAUUGUUCCAGGCGUCUCUCCCCAAGUCCUACAUGUCAAAAUAAUCAGUGGUCAGAACUUUCCAAAGCCCAAGGGUGCAUGUGCAAAAGGGGAUGUCAUAGACCCCUAUGUCUGCAUAGAAAUACAUGGGAUUCCUGCAGACUGCACUGAACAAAGAACAAAAACUGUUCAGCAAAACAGUGAUAAUCCCAUUUUUGAUGAAAGCUUUGAGUUCCAGAUCAAUCUACCGGAGCUGGCCAUGAUCCGUUUCGUUGUUUUAGAUGAUGACUACAUUGGGGAUGAGUUCAUAGGGCAGUACACCAUCCCGCUGGAGUGCUUGCAGCCCGGAUACAGGCACAUACCGCUGCGGUCUUUUGUUGGUGAUAUCAUGGAGCACGUUACCCUCUUUGUUCACAUUGCAAUAACCAACCGAAGUGGAGGUGGGAAGGCCCAAAAGCGCAGCCUCGCGGUGAGGAUAGGAAAGAAAGCAAGGGAAUACACCAUGUUGAGGAACACUGGUCUCAAAACUAUCGAUGACAUCUUUAAGUUAGCAGUGCAUCCACUACGAGAGGCUACUGACAUGAGAGAAAAUAUGCAGAACGCCAUGGUGUCUGUCAAGGAGCUGUGCGGGCUACCGCCCAUUGCGAGCCUGAAGCAGUGCAUCCUGACCCUGUCCUCACGGCUCGUGAGCAGUGACAACGCACCCUCCGUUACCCUCUGCAUGAAGGACGCGUUUCCUUACCUAGAGCCUCUGGGGACCAUGCCUGACGUGCAGAAAAAGGUCCUGGCGGCGUAUGACCUGAUGAUUCAAGAGAGCAGGGUUCUCAUCGAGAUGGCAGACAUCACUCAUGAGAAGAUUGUUCAGUGCCAGAAAGCAGGAAUGGAAUUCCAUGAAGAGCUUCAUAACCUGGGGACAAAGGAAGGUUUGAAAGGAAGAAAAUUAAGUAAAGCCAUUGAGAGUUUUGCAUGGAACAUCACAGUACUGAAGGGCCAAGGAGAUCUCCUGAAGAAUGCCAAGAACGAAGCCCUGGAGAACAUGAAGCAGAUCCAGCUGGCAUGCCUGUCAUGUGGACUGAGCAAAACUGGAAGUGGGCACGCGGAUGCCAAGUCAAAACGGUGCCUGGAAGCAAUACAGGAGAAGGAUACCGGAGAUGAGAACGGGAGGCUGUGA